UAUUAAAAAGAAAAAAAAAUAAGUGCGAAAGAAAGAAACAAUAUAAUAAUGAUUGUGCGAAAAAAUAUUUUACCACGAACUGUAAGUGACAUUUUAUCAGUGACUUUUAUAUUGAUAAUAACACCUCUUAUUUAUUGGUUCGAACUUUGGUUAGUGUUACCGGACAUUUAUGAAUAUGGAAGUUUCUUGUAUAUUAUUCAUUUUAUAUUUGGUAAUUUUGUCAUGUUAAAUAUAGUGGGAAAUUUUACUUAUACAUUAUUAUGCGAUACAAGUACAAGACAAAUUUUACUCAAUUCAAGUGAUGCAAAAACAAAAACCGGUUGGAGGUUAUGUUCAAUAUGCGAAGCAUUGGCACCACCUCGAUCAUGGCAUUGUAAUGUUUGCAAUACUUGUAUUUUAAAACGUGAUCAUCAUUGUAUUUUCACUGCUUGCUGUAUUGGACAUAAAAAUCAUCGUUAUUUUCUUAUGUUUAUAUUUUAUCUAUUCGUUGGCACUGCUUUUAGUUUUUAUUAUAAUAAUUUUUUCAUUUGGCGAAGAAUAAAUUUUGAAUUUCCAAUGUCAAUUUUAAAAAUUGUCUUUCCAUUGGCUAUUUUUGUCUUUGGUUUCGAUGGUUCGACGGAACAAUUUUAUUUAUUACUCUAUAUUGUCACAGUAAUUGGAAUGUUAUUUACGGGAGUGUUGUGUGCUUAUCAUUUUCAACUUGUUUUUAUCGGAUGUGUGGCUAAUGAAAAGGAUAAAAAGAGAUUUACCUAUAAUCUUGGAUGGAAACAAAAUUUUUUCGAAGUUUUUGGAAAUCGAUGGUACAUUGCUUGGCUUCUUCCUUAUAUUAAUUCGACAUUGCCACAUGAUGGUAUCACAUGGGAUACUCCUGAUUCCUGGCAAGAGAAUAGCAGUAAAACGAAGUGAAAAAAAGAAAAGAAAUUGAAAAGCAAUUUUUUUCUAAGCGCCUUCGGAUUCUUGUUCAUAGGAAAUGAAACAGAACUAUCACAAACAAAUAAAUUGUAUUUUAUCUUUUCUGUAAUCUUAACAGAAACUUUGAAAUAUAAAUUUAAAUUUGUUUAAUUAAAUUAAAUUAAAUUAAAUUAAUUUGACAUUUAAAAUAAAAAGUGUGUGUACGAAAAUUUGUUUUAGCUGAAAAUGAAAAAAAAAUUUAAAUUAAUAAAUUAAAUUCUAAAACAAAAUUUUAUUUAUAUAUUUCACUGUAAUGAAAAAUAUAAGAAUAAUUUACGUUUUUUGUAAUAAAUGAUGGAAAUUGUAAAAUCUACAAUU